CGUCGCCAUGAUCCUGGGUCUUCCUAUCCGGGGUCAGGCGGUCACAGGUGACACAGCGUCGGGGAACUGGAGGGAGAGGGUCGAGGAGUACCUUGGUCUGGAGCCUCCAGUGGCACCUGAUGGUCAGAGGCAGACGAAGACAUCAGGGGUUCCUUCGAGUUGGUUGCGAGCCAACUUCGGUCAGUGUCCCGCUGAGGCAGACGAGGCUACAGUACAGCGAUACUGCAGGGCGUACGUGCUGUACAUCUUUGGCAGUAUUCUGUUCCCUGACUCUGGUGGAGACAUGGCUUCUUGGAUGUGGCUGCCGUUGCUCGCGGACUGGGACGAGGCGGGUACCUUCAGCUGGGGGUCGGCUGCCCUAGCCUGGUUGUACCGGCAACUCUGUGAUGCUUGCCGAAGGCAAGGCGGGGACGCGAACCUAGCAGGCUGUGUUUGGUUGCUACAGGUUUGGAUGUGGAUGAGGCUUCCAGUUGGUCGGCCCAUGUGGAGGACCCAUCAGGCUUGGCCGCACCAGGAUGCAGACCGACGUCCCACUGUAGCUCACCUGUGGGAAUCGGUCCCAUCUCCAGUAGUAGGCCGCAGGAAUUUGGCGUACUACCACUACACAAACGAGAUGGACUACCUACAGCCAGAACAUGUGGUGUGGAUGCCAUAUCAGGCACAGGAAGUGCUCGAGCUAGAACUGAAUCCCAUGUGCCAUAUAGAGGAUGCGUUGAAGACCCUACGGUGCCCACUGAUCUGCUUCUAUGCAGUGGAGUUCCAGAUGUGCCACCGCGUGAUGCGGCAAUUCGGGAGGCUUCAAACAAUCCCGCACCAUUUCUCCACGAGUAUCGACCUACACAAGGUGGACCGUCGGAAGAACAAGAAGGUGACUGAUUGGGCUUACUACCAUCAGGAUCAUAUCACGCAAUGGGAGAAGUUCGAGGAGAAUGGAGUACCAGACCAGGGUCAGCACAACGGGACGGAGUUCGACUUGUACUUGGCGUGGCUCCACAGGACCUACCGUCUUGUCCUUCGUCCGGCUUGGACACUAGCCGACAUAGCGGAUGACCCCGAGGAUGUUGAGGAGCAGAACGAGUACGAUACUCGUACCCGUCUAGGUACCACGGUCGAGACGGGACCUGUUCGCGACAGAGUGGCUCGAGAGCUCUUGCGGACCGUCAACGACGCGGGAGUGGCGCUAGGCACGGCUCCUGGCUCCGAAGGAGAGGGCGGCACCCUCCGCAACGCCCUACAGAGACUACGGCAGCGAUGUCGGAAGUUGGCAGCAAGGCUCGGCUGCAGGUCGACUGAUGUGGUCGAACAUGCUCAUGCCCACCAAGAGGGGGAUGAAGAAGGGGAGGUGGGUGACGAGGAGGGCGAGCAAGACAAAGAGGCGGAGGAAGGAGAUGAGGAGGAAGAAGGGGAUGAGGACAGAGAAGAGGAGGCGGAUGAGCUCGGUCCCUCGCAGCUAGAGGACGCACCAGAGUCGUCACAGCCGGAUAUCUCGCAGCCCGGCCCGUCUCGACCACGACGCCGGCGGGCUCCUUCGCAGGACUGGAGGUACACCCCCGACGUGCCUCGUCCUCGCACUAGAGGUAGGAGGAGGUGAGUGCAUGGUUCAAUGGAUGGAUGGAUAGAUGGAUGGACUUGAUGCAUGGUUCGAUGGAUGUAUGGACUGGAUGUAUGGACUCGACUGGAUGUAUAGACGAGGAUCGAUGGGAUGUUUUUAUUUCUUAUAUA